GCAGCAGGUGCUUCAGCGUUCGAUCGACGUCUUGACGAGUCAGAGAAUUUGGAAACGUUAACAGCCAUCAACAGUCCUCGGCCAAAAGUUUCCAACAGGAAAGAUUAAGAUAAAGUCAAGUAAGAUUUCCUUUAUUGAUUUUUUAUGCUACGAAUAUGUAAGUGUGACCGUGACUGGUAUAAUUUGCAAAACCGAGUGAAGAUUGCCAUCAUUUCUUCUAUGUAUCAUGCAAGUAAAAUAUUCUUCAACGUAUUAUGCAAGUAAAAUACUAGGAUGGGUGCAAUAUUUUUCAUCGGGUCGAAAAAUUGUUAUUGCCGAUAUUCUAAGACCUUAAUUCUCUCCCAAACCAUUGGAUGACGUAAAGACUAAAGGAAGGCCCAAGCCUUGGUAAACAGAAAUUUUGGUACGUGAUAUCUGCGACUUUAUGGCUUAUCUAUCGUUGGAAGCUCCAUAUCUACAGUAACACGACGUCUCGGAAAUGUCCGCAAGUGGCAAACGCUACUGAUUUAAUCUAUUUCUUGCAUAUGAGUUUGUCUGCUACUUUUCGGAAAUUACUCCCGAGUAAUUCUUGGUCGUUGAUGGGAUGGAGGAACUACGGAAGCUCGUAGCGGAGCUGGAGACCGACACGAAAUCUUCACAGACGAAGGGGAUGAAACUCAUCGCGCCCAUACUGUACAAACUCAUCGAUGAAAAUCAACAACUUCGUAAAAAAGUCGAAGCGCUGGAAGGGCAGCAGCUACGUCGGAGUGUGGAUCAACUGAAAGAUGAUGUCACAACACUGGGGACUACCAUGCAGCGAAUUGUGGAAGAAGAACUGCCGGCGCUGGAAAACCGAGUUCAUGAGACCGAAUCCAAGAUGGCAGCGAACCUUGCCGAACUGGAGCAGCCUGCAGCAUAUCGCCAGCCAACAAUGCCUAAAGCGAGCAAGCCUGUGCGUUCAACUACCAAUCCAUCUAAUGAUCCUGAAAUCGUCGAAAUCAAGACUGACUGGGCAACCGUAACUCGUCGAAAGGUCAUCAAGGGAAAUCAUCAGACUGGAGGAAAUGACGAUGCCAAUCCACGACACAAUCUGGCAAAAAAGCUAAGUUUGCAACGUAAAGCACAUCUGGAUGUAUGCGUAAUGGGUAUUCCGCUACAUAAUAAUGCGGGUUUUGAAUCCACAGAGGAAUAUGCGAAUGAUCUAAAAUCGUCACUGGGGGAUUUGGGUGUAAACGUGCGCUUUGUUAAAGUAUUUGAGCGUAAAGAAGGUGACAAGCGUAGUACUACUUGCGCGCGUAUUGGUACUUUGCUGAUUGCGAGGAUGCCUUGAUGACAGCAGAUAUAUGGCCUACGAAUGUAUCGCUAAGGCGCUGGGAGUAUAAACCACCUGCUCCGCAGGCGGGAAACGGGAAAUCGCGAGUUUUUCAUCGCAACCAGCGUUGAAAGACUCGCUAAGAUGCGAAAAACUUGGGUUGGUUAAAUCUGCAGCAAAA